AUGACAUCAAACUCUAGCUUUGCUCAGGCUGUCAAUACUUCAUCAAUGAUGAAGCAGUCCCUUCCGGCUCCGGCAGAGGACCCGCGAAACGAUGCCGACUUGAGUAGACCCCAACACGAAAUGAACCCUCAACCGACUCAAAGGGCAGAGCGUCCAGUUGCGGCAGAACGAGGCUCGUCACCAUCGACGAAAGCCUCGCACGAAGAGAGAAGCACAACCCAAGGAACCGAACAAAACGAAGGCUCGAAAGACUCGAAGGACCUAAAGAAGGAACAAACUCCUGAUGAUAGUAGCUCUCCCCAGACCCAGGGGCAGUUGUUGACUCAAAUCGGCGGCCACUUUGAUGAAAAUACGAAACCGAGCCAGGAUGAUUUGGAUGUGUCGUUGUCUGCCGAGUAA